ACUUCUAUUUGUGUUGAUAUUUUGUUAUUUAUAUAAAAAAGAAAAAUUCGGGUUUCAUAACCUGGACUGACCGGACUGACCUGCCUAACGAUCGAGAUUGCAUGCGAUCAAAGCGAACCGACUUUUUCAAAAUGGCGUCCACAGGUCGACAAAUACUACGAAGACACAACCAGCUUAUAAAAUUCCCAAAUCGAAUAAGAAUACACAAAAAUCCGUCACCAAACAACAGCACACCAGAGAUUUCGUCAACGAUAGCCGAAUUCAGUAAGCGUCUUCCACAUUUAAAACCUUUAAACCCAACAUCGGCUUUUGUUUCUGAAAAUAAAAGCUUGCCAACUGUUGAUGAUGCUGUACUAUUUGAAAGUUUACCUCAAAGAUACAGACGGCGAACCAUAUCAAGGGAGGAGAUGGAGUAUAUCGAGGUACGGAUAUACCCUGGAAAUAGCCAGCAUACCCUCCUUGGAGUCUCCCUACCACAUGGAAACUGCAGAGAGGAGGCCCUGAAUAACAUUGAAGACAACUUGACCUUUUGAAAAUGUAUUUACAAAUGAUAAGUUGUAUGCAGGACAUAUGGACAUUAAUUAGUUUUUGCUUUUGAGGAUCUCACRAGAAUUUGCAGCUUUAAGUCUGGUCAAGAAAUGAACUAAAUGUUGGAAUUGGUUACAUUAUGAAUGGACAAAUUAUGAAUGCAUUAUUUUAUGAAAUGCAUAAUGUACUGAGCUGUAAUAGAAAUCAUAUAUUUGAAACAUUUUCCAAAAAUAAAACCAUUUUUAAUAAUGAA